AUGAAGGCUCUAGUUGCAGCUGCUAUCAGCCUAGCACUCACCACAAUAGUAAUCGGCAAUGCAUAUUACCAGAAAAAACAGUUUUAUCCAUCCGUUGUGUACCUUACUAACUCUAAUCCUAGCAUGGCUGUAAUGUAUUUACAAGGUCUCAUCCUUGUUCUGCUAGUAGGAAAAAUUAUCAGAAAAAUUUUCUUUGGACAACUACGUCCUGCUGAACUUGAGCACUUAAUGGAGAGAUCGUGGUAUGCAAUAACAGAAACAUGCUUAGCAUUCACUGUGUUCAGGGACGAUUUUAACCCAAAGUUUAUAGCACUGUUUACUGUUUUAUUGUUUUUAAAAGCGUUCCAUUGGCUUGCUGAAGAUAGAGUUGAUUAUAUGGAAAGAAGUCCAGUUAUUGGCUGGUUGUUCCAUGUAAGAAUAUUGACAUUGCUCAUGCUGCUGGCGCAGGCAGACUUCUUUUUCAUACAUCACGCCUAUCAAUUUACAUUGCUCAAAGGUCCUUCUGUUCAGUUAGUGUUUGGAUUUGAGUACAGCAUACUAUUGGUGAUGAUCGUGAAUAUUUUAAUUAAGUACGUGUUGCAUGCGAUCGAUUCGCGCUGGGAAGCGCCAUGGGAAAGCAAAGCAGCCGUUUUGCUAUACACUGAAUUGGCUAUCAACUUCUUCAAGGUCCUGCUGUAUAUCGGUUUUGUAGUUAUCAUGGUCAGAAUAUUCACUCUGCCGCUUUUCGCUUUCCGACCUAUGUAUGAAACAAUGAGGAGUUUCAAGAGAGCAUACAAUGACGUAGUGCUGUCUAGACGCGCGAUAAGAAAUAUGAACACCCUGUAUCCAGAUGCGACCCCAGAAGAGUUAGCGGCUGCUGACAAUGAGUGCAUUAUUUGUCGCGAAGAAAUGCAUGGAGGAGCGAAAAAACUACCCUGCAAUCACAUAUUCCACGCGGCGUGUCUGCGUCUCUGGUUUCAACGUCAGCAGACCUGCCCCACGUGCCGUCUCAACGUGUUGCGGGCUCCAGCUCCCGAUGCGACGCCGGCCCCUAACGCCCCGAACGCGCCUCACCCGCCGCAGCCGCACGCCGCCAAUGUGCCUCCGCCGCCCGGAGUACCGCCGCCACCUUUCCCCAAUAUGCCACCACCACCAAUGAUGGCGUGGGGAAUGCCUCCCCCGCCGCCGCCGCGCCCCGCGUCCCUCGCGACUCUCUCCACGGAAGAGCUUCAGAGAAUGGAGGGAACUGAAAGGAGAAACAUCGAAGCGCGACUUCAUUUGCUACACGAGAUCCAAGCGAUGUUGGACGCGUCAGUGUUGCUCAUGCAGCAAUAUUCUACCGUGGUCUCCAACUUGCCACUCAACUGUGCAAAUGUCGCCACACAGACUGACAUCAACCGAACUGAACCAUCACCGUCGCCGAGUCCCGUGAAAGUAAAAACAGAACCCGAUGUGGUUCCAAGCACCUCUUUCAAGCCGACUCCUGGCCCUUCCACUAGCACUGAUAACUUUGUUGAUGAGGCUGACUUAGAUCAAGUAGAAAACAUUACAACCGCGACUCACAGUGAGAGCACUGAUGCCAAUGCUGAGGAGUUAAGAAGACGCAGAUUACAAAAGUUUAGUUUAGAAAAAUGA